AAUGAGGUAGUACAAAUCCUCAAAGGACUUGACAAUUCAUUGCAUCUCGAUCCAACCAAAAAAUGGAGUGAAAUCUUUCAAUAUGUUUUAAAGAACAUUAUAAAGGAAAUUGGAACGGUUUUGUUAGGUAGAUUUCAUUAUAAAGAGACAGAAUUAAAAUGGGUCUUACAGCAAUUAUAUCGUCAUCUUCGAGAACAAUAG